UCAGGAAGACCCAAGAUUCCAACGUGCUAGGCUGAGCCCGGCGGCCGGCGAGGCACCACCAGCAGCCCGGACUGCGGUCCCCCGGGAGGCGCCCUUGGAGCUCCGAGGACUCUACUCAACCCGCCUCGCCUACCCCUGACAUCUGUUACCUCAAAGAGGACUUCACCGCCCGCGCUCCCCACGUCCUCGGCUAGGCCCAGGAGCGCCGUCCACAGCGCCGUCGAGGUGAUGGGCAGCCGGCCCCGCAGCCCCAGAGCUCGCCCUGUGCCCUGGUGGGGACAGCGGCCAGGAGGACCCUGCCCUGCCAAGCGCCUCCGAUUGGAGGAGUCCGCGGGCCCCGAACCCCUAGUGGCGCCCAGCCUGGAAGACCCGGGGACCCCGGCCGUGGGCGCGCUCACCUCCGUAGUGGUCCUGGCCGCGGGCUGUGCCCUGCGUGUGCCCCUGGACAACGUCGACCUGGUGCUAGAGCCCGCACCAACGUCGAUCCUGCGAGUGUCUCUCGGUGGACACACCCUCAUCCUGAUCCCCGAGGUCCUCCUGAGCUCCGUCGACGAACGCUCAGGAGCACAGGGCGACUCGUCUGCCGGCCUGGAAGCGAACGUUUUCCUGGGCGCUCUCAGGGAGGACGUCGUCGUCGAGCUGGAAUUCUGUGCAUCUGUCCCAGAGAUCGCCGCCCAGGAAGAGGCCUACGAGGAGGAGGCGGACCCCAAGUUCCUGGAGCUCCGGAUGGACUCCCCAACCGGCUCAGCCGCUGGGCUCUACCCCUCCGCUAGAAGUAUGUUCAGCCCCUACCAGGAGGGCCCCAUGCCAGAACCCUGUGCUCUGGCCCCCAACCCCAGUUUGGAGAGCGUACGCCCCGUCUUCGACCCGGAAUUCCACCUUCUGGAGCCUGUCCCCAGCUCACCUCUCCAACCUCUACCUCCCUCUCCGCGCGUGGGGAGUCCAGGUCCCCACGCUCGCCCGCCGCUACCAGAACGCCCUCAGUGCAAGGCCCGGAGACGCCUGUUCCAGGCAUAAACUCCCACCCCCACGUACACACAACAAUCCUGGCCGCUCUACUGGCAGCCCUCUGGGAUUGCAGGAAUCUUUCACAUUAUCCAACAACCUGGAAAUUGGGCACCCCGUGUUCGAACAACUGCUUUUUCGCUGCACACUACCGAUAGUAGGAGACGAAGACGUUAGCAAGAAAAGGCAUAUUCUAGACCUCAUCUUUAAAUAGAAAAUCUGCCCAGGGAUACCAGAAAAUGUGUCCAGAUUUCUGGGCUUCUUUACAAGGUCAUAUUCAGAUCCUUUCAUUCUCUCUCGUUUUGCAUCAGUUCUUUCUCUCAAAUUCCAGUCUUUCUCCAGCAUCGUACUGCCACUUCCGUUUCUCCCCAAACCAAGAAACCACUAGAUCUCUUAAACGUUUUUAGUUACCUUGUUAUUUUUUUCCCAUGAAUUUUAGAAGACUUAGCCAUGGUUUUUCUAAGGGUUUUUCCAACUGUUCUCCCAGGAAACUGCCAAACAGUAUGCUUACUAUACAAUACUGUAUGUUGCUUCUUCCUAGGAACCCCUUAUCCUGCUGAAGUUCUCUUCCAGUCUUCUAAUUCUAAAUGAAAAGUUGUGUUGAAUUUUAUCAGAUGUUUUCAGCAUGCAUUGUGUUAUAUUUUUUGUUUUAAUUUGUUAAUCUGGUGAUUUCACCCAAUGGCAAGUGUUUGCAUUCCUGCUAUUCCACAUUAUUUUAUACCUUUUAAAAUCUACCCUGAGUUUUUUCUCAUGUAAACCAAAUUUCUAACUUUUAAAAUGUUAAUUUAUUACUGUAUUUGUCUCAUAUUUGUAUAUAGGAGAUAAAAUAUUACUGGU